UGUUCGUACGAACUUACCCGAAAAUUCAGAAAUUAACAUUAAAACGAAAGUAGGAAAAUAUAGAUUUUUAGUAAUUUUGAUCAUGAAGAGGAAAAAUAAAUUAAUUGAUGAUACUUUAUUACAUUAGAACAAAAUGACUAGAGUGUAUUUGUACUAACUGGACUAUGUGCUUUGCAUAAACUUCUUCAAGGCUAUACAAGCAGUUGCAGUUUUUCCGCAAAAUGGCUGACGAUAAGUUAGACACGACUUGGGUCGGCCUCCCAUCGCUGGAAGUGGAUGCAGGGCCACCGACGACUUGCCACGGUUUGACCCUAAUGCCGGAAGUUGCGCCCGCGCUUAACAGCAACGGCGCGCAAAAGGGCCGAGCAUCGGGUGGUAUUGACGCUUCUAUGGAAACCGUGGAACAUGAUAAAUAUAAUUCAGGUGGACAAAUUGACGAAGGUUCUGAACACGCGGACACUUUACAAAAAAGAGAAAUUGAGAAUAAAGAAUUGGAAGAACUAUUUGUGAAACUGAAUAUAAAUGAAAACACAGGUAGUGAAUUUUUAACUUCCUCUUUUGAUUUCAAAGUGGAUAAUGAUGGGGACACCUUGCUACACACUGCGAUCGUUAUCAAUCGCUGCAUAGACGAAAUACGUUCUCUGUUGUUUAGAUAUAUGAAUGUUUUAUCGUAUACCUGUUUCAUGCAACUAAUUAACUAUCAAAACAGGUUCAGAUUUCAGACGCCGCUGCAUCUCGCAGCCUUGUUAAAUCGCCCGGAUGUAGUUGACAUGUUGGUUGACUUAGGAGCUCAGACAAACUUUAGGGACAGUAACAUGAGGACGCCGCUGCACAUUGCGUGUGCAUGUAUGGACUCCAAUCUUCUUGAAGCAUUUUUCAAACCGGCAUUGAAAAUACCUCCUGGGUCCCUUGAUCUCCAAAAUGACGAGGGUCUUACCUGUCUCCACGUGACCGUUGCCUAUAGCAACGAGGCAACGGCCGCAAUUUUGCUCCAACACGGUGCGGACAUCAACGCACGUGACGGACACAGCGGGCGGACGGCGCUUCACUUUGCUGCCGAGACCGGAAAUGUGGGCUUUGUUCGCUUUCUAAUGACCUACUUACCGGGAUCGGAGUGCCGGGGGCUUCUUAACCCAAAUGUGCGAACAUUAGAUGGCUUAACUGCUCUAGAACUAGCUUACGUGCGUGGUUGGGCGGAAGUUGUGCAGCUACUUGAGCCGGUCAGUGAGCCUGUCCGCCUAAAAGAGGAAGUCAUGAACUACAGUGAUAAUGAAAAAGAGGACAAUUUGUGUCACGCCUAAUGCAUUAGCGGAU